AUGGUGGAACAUGCAAAUAAUACAAUCUCAAUAUUCCUUGAGAAAGUAGCAAAACAAGAAAAAGAGAUCAAGCAUCGACAUGUGAUGAAGAAGACUGAAAUCUCACAAGAUACCUCUGAUGAAGAAGUCCUAAUCCCAGAGUUCCUAAUGGCAGAACCAACAAUCGAAGAAGAAGACAUGCAAAGUGAUGGUGGAAAUGUGUCUGAAGAUAGAAGAGAACCUGGAAGACACCAACCUCCACUUGACUGGAAUCCAAGAAAUCAUACAGAAUCACACCAAGGUUUCUCCUUUGACAACACAUCCCCGUUCAAGUGGGAAGACAAGAUCUAUGAGAUGCAUGCAUAG